AUAUUCUCACAGAAGCACUGUUACAGAGUGUACAUAUUGGUCCCAGUUUGUAGUCAUAAUCUAUACGACGAGUUCUCCCACUGCGGGGGCUGCUGCGGCUUUCGUGUUUGCUCUGUACGAUUUACUCAACGGGCGGGCGUCUAAGCAUCCCGGACGAGCUCGAAUUUGCGAUGCCCAAACAGUGAGGUUACGGUGGGAUCGCAUUUGGUCACCUUGCACGGUAGCAUGGCUCCAGCCCGAAGGGACUGCAGCGGCUGGGAGAUGUUCCUCCCGACGGGAUGCCUGCUCCUCUCUGUUUUGCUAUUUCACCCUGCCCUGGCCAAGGUGUGUAACGACCGCACCAAACACGGACAGGACAACAGCUGGUUCGCCAGGGACGGGGAAAACUUGCCCAUUAUGGUUCUUAUGCCCAUGAACGAGUCGGCCCUGAUGAGCAGCAUCAGCCAGGGGAUCGAGCCGGCGGUCCAACUGGCCAUCCAGCACAUUCGGGAGUCCAGGAAGUACUCGUUCUCCCUCAUCACCAAAAUCUAUGACACCGAGUGUGACAACGCCAAAGGGCUCAGGGCCUUCUUUGAUGCCAUAUGCUACGGUCCCAAACACCUGAUGAUCUUCGGUGGUGUCUGCCCCUCUGUGACCUCCAUCAUCGCAGAGUCCCUGGAGGGCUGGAAUCUGGUGCAGCUGUCCUUUGCAGCAACAACUCCAGUUCUGGCAGACAAGAAAAAGUACCCCAACUUCUUCCGCACCGUCCCAUCAGACAACGCUGUGAACCCGGCAGUCGUGAAGUUUCUCAACUUCUACAACUGGACCCGUGUGGGGACCCUCACACAGGAUGUGCAGAGGUUCUCAGAGGUAAGGAAUGAUCUAACUAAUGAGCUGGAGAAAGCAGACAUUCAGAUUGCAGACACAGAAAGUUUUUCGAACGAUCCUUGUGUCAAUGUCAAGAAGCUCAAGGACAAUGAUGUUAGAAUCAUUAUCGGCCAGUUUGACGAGAACCUGGCAUCCAAAGUCUUCUGCUGCGCAUAUAAUAUUAACAUGUUUGGUAGUAAAUACCAGUGGAUUAUCCCCGGCUGGUACCAAGGCAACUGGUGGGAGCAGGCCAACAGCACCAACUGCACCACUAAGAAGCUGCUCACAGCCAUGGAGGGAUACAUCAGUGUGGACUUUGAGCCACUCAGCGCUCGCCAGGUCAAGGGCAUCUCUGGCAGGACCCCGAAGGACUACGAGAGAGAGUACAGCCGAGAGCUUCAGCAGAAAGGCGUGGAGGCCAGCAAGUUUCAUGGCUUUGCCUACGAUGGGAUCUGGGUCAUCGCUAAGACCUUGACUCGAGUUAUGGAACUUCUCCGGGUAAAACAACGAAAGAACAUCUUCCAUAACUUCACUGUGGAUGACCGCGAAGUGGGGAAAAUGGUGCUGGACGUCAUGAAUGAGACCAACUUUUUUGGUGUUACAGGCCAAGUCAUGUUUCGGAACGGAGAGAGGAUGGGCACAAUCAAAUUUAACCAGUUUCAAGAGGGCCAGGAGAUGAAGGUGGGAGAGUACAAUGCAAUUGCUGAUGUCCUGGACCUCAUCAAUAACUCCAUAAGGUUCCAAGGUGUAGAGCCUCCCAAGGAUCGUACAUUUGUGCGGCUGCAGCGGCGCCACAUCAACGUACCCCUAUACAGCAUCAUGUCCACCCUCACUAUACUGGGCAUGCUCAUGGGAGGGGCCUUCCUGUUCUUCAACAUUAAGAACCGCAACCACAGACUAAUCAAGAUGUCCAGUCCCUACAUGAACAACCUGAUCAUCCUAGGAGGCAUGCUCUCCUACGCCUCUAUCUUCCUGUUUGGCCUCGAUGGAGGUUUCGUCUCUGACAAAGAGUUUGAGACCCUCUGCACUGUUCGGACAUGGAUCCUCAUUGUUGGAUACACAACAGCUUUUGGUGCUAUGUUUGCCAAGACCUGGAGGGUGCACGCCAUCUUCAAGAAUGCGAAGAUGAAGAAGAAGAUCAUAAAGGACCAGAAGUUGUUGAUCAUCGUUGGCGGGAUGCUGCUAAUCGACUUAUGCAUCCUCAUUUGCUGGCAGAUUGUGGACCCGCUUAAGAGGACAGUGGAAGAAUACAGCUUGGAGGCGGACCCCCAAGGCCGAGACAUAGCCAUCCGUCCCUUCUUGGAGCACUGUGAGAACACCCACAUGACCAUUUGGCUGGGCAUCGUUUACGCCUACAAGGGACUGCUGAUGUUAUUUGGCUGUUUCUUGGCAUGGGAGACGAGGAACGUGAGCAUCCCGGCUCUCAAUGACAGCAAAUACAUUGGCAUGAGUGUUUACAACGUGGGCAUCAUGUGCAUCAUCGGUGCUGCAGUGUCUUUUCUCACAAGGGACCAGCCCAACGUCCAGUUCUGCAUUGUGGCGCUCGUGAUCAUCUUUUGCAGCACCAUCACGCUCUGUCUGGUCUUUGUUCCCAAGUUGAUCACCAUGAGGACCAACCCAGACGCAGCCACCCAGAACCGCAGGUUACAGUUCACCCAGAACCAGAAGAAGGAAGACUCCAAGACCUCCACCUCCGUCACCAGCGUCAACCAGGCCAACACGUCGCGACUGGACGGGCUGCAAACUGAUAACCACCGCCUCCGCAUGAAGAUAACAGAGCUGGACAAAGAGCUGGAAGAAGUGACCAUGCAGCUGCAGGACACCCCAGAGAAAACUCCCUACAUCAAACAGAACCAUUACCCGGAUGCCAACAACAUCCUCAGCAUACGCAACUUUACAGACGGUAAAGAUGGGGAGAAGUCGAUACUGAAGAAUCACCUGGAGCAGAAACCUCAGGCGCAGUGGGGCUCCAUGGAUCCUUCCAGAAUAAACAGAGGUCCCCUCGAGGAUAUAAACUCGCCCGAACACAUACAGCGCCGGCUGUCCUUGCAGCUUCCCAUCCUGCACCACGCAUACUUACCUUCCAUAGGAGGGGUUGAUGCCAGCUGCACCAGCCCCAACGGCAGCCCUGGUUCCAGCCCACGGCACAGACACAUGCCCCCCUCCUACCGGGUAAUGGUCUCUGGCCUGUGAGCUUCAUCCACUCCCCCACCUGGCUCUUUGCAGAAGAGACUUGUAUGGUUCUUUUUUUCUACAACUAAUAGACUGAUAUCGUCAGCGUAUGUGCGUAUUUUGUCUCGGAAACAAGGAGGACAAGGGGAGAAGAGGGGGACGGGGGCCGAGUAUCACUCUUUGUGCCUCUUCACCCCAGCCUCUCUUGAGAACUGAAACCCUCCGUCAGGAAGGGGUGAGAGGAGACAGAGUGGGCACCGAUGGACUCUUACAAACUCCCAUGAUUCACAGCAAUGUCCCGUCGUUCGUCCGCUCCCCUUGCCCAGGCAAAUACACAUAUGCACAGUCAAACAAACAAAAACACACUCAAAUACACACACAACCACAGACACACUGACACCCCAAUAGCAGAGCAGCGGUGGACCGGCCCUGAGUUGGCGUGUAGCCUGAUCUGCUUGAGAGGGGAUGGUCUGUUUCUGUUCCUUAUCUACAUGUGAGCUCGUCAUCUAACUUGAGUAUUUCACUGCUUCAGUGACUGGAUACAGUGUGGAGACAAAGGAUUUUACAAAACCCAACAAAGGAAAUCAUCCAAUAACCCCCCCCGCCCCCUUCCCGAUCUUGUGGAGACAUGUAUAUAUAAUCAUUUCUGACUUUGAUGUACUGUAAGCUUUGUAUAUGCUGUGAAUGGACAAUUAAAGAGUUCUAAACGUAGAGCUGCAACAGAAGCAGGUGAUCAUGACAUGGAACCUUACGAAGGGUUAGCUGUGCGUAUGAAAGCGUUCUGAAUUGGUUUGUGUGUAAUUGAUGAUAAUUUAGCUUAUGGGCAGUAAAGUAAGAAACAUCAAAGCUUGUGAGUCACAGAACAUGAAAAGGCACCAGGGGCCCAUUCCUCUGACUCGGAGAAAGACGCAGAUGACUCUGUUUUUCCACUUUGCUAAAUUUGCACCAGUGGUUUCAUCAGAGAUUUCUCGUCAGACAUUGCAUAGGCCUUUCAUAUUUUACAACUUGCCUAAUAUGACCUCAGAAAGCAUGUUAUACAGAAUAUUGAUGUGCUGCCUUUUAACAGGCCUCCAAGGCUGCAUAUGUUAGAAAAUAGCGCUAAAAGGCACCGGAAGAGUGUUCGAUCGUUGUUAUUUAUGUGUGUUUUGUGCCAGGAAAUGCACACAAUCAGAUCAAAACUUAAGAGAGCACCUUGUGACUUCAGGUGCUCUUCAGACUCGGCAUUAGUGACAGCCUGGUCAUAUUGAUCCCCACAUAUUGGUCUCCAUAGACUGUUAAGAAGUCCAUCUGACAUCGCCCUCACAGCUUCGCGGCAAGGACCGGUGGCUUCAUGUCAAUUGCAAAAAGGGCACAAUCACUUAUUUGGAAGAAAUAACAUUCAAGAGGUGAUGUUGGAAAGGAUGUCUCCCAGUUCCACAGCUAGUUUGGAGUAAAUGGUUGACCUGAAUUUCCGUGAGCAUUUGUAAAGACAACGGAGACAUGGGAGCCGGGGGUAAUACGCCCCACACGGCUGUAACUUUCAGUUCCAAGACGGUGAUGACGCCACUGCUGAUCACAUUGAUGGAGCAUAAAGCACAGAAACGGGGCUUUCUGUCACUUUGAGUGUCGAGAAAAAUCACUUCACACUUAGCAACAGUGAACAUACCUCAGUUGCUAUGGAAAUGCAACUCAGUGCUGUUGAGCUGGGUCCAAGAAGGCUGCACUGAGUAAAACGGUCAUCGACACGCUGUCGUCCUUUUCUUUUUUGGUAAACUGUCCUCAUGCAGGAAAAACGCAAACCGACUCCAGACAAUAGAUGACUUCUUAUGGAGUGCAAGAUGCUUGUUCUUAGCAUAUGUUUCACCAUUUGUGUCUUGGUUUUUAGUUUUCAAGGCGUUUGUUAAACGCUGUGCCUGUUGUCUUAUAUUGUAGCCGGCAGGACCCACAGUACAUACAUGAGGUGAAUCUGGCGCUGACCCAGUAAACUACAACAUUGGCCACACAUUUGUAAAGUGUACAACAUGUCAUAGAUUUCUUUAAAUUCAAUUGCCUCAAUGCAUUGGACAGUGUGGGAGAACUGGGUGAAAGCUCCAUUUCAGCUGGAGUGGAUUUCCUCUGCAAGUUGACCUCUGAUCAUAAACACGGUCAUCAGUUGAGAGGCCGGUUAAGGACACAGGAUUGGAGUGGGAGACAAGUGGGGUCCACCUGCUAUCGGACAUAUCAGGGUGACUUCCCAGUGAGAGCUCCUCCCCUUCCAGUCCCAGCUGAGCACAGGAGCCGGGAAACCCUGAGCACAGACCUUCAGGAGUCAUGGCUUCUCCCACAUCUUUGCCAAGUAAAGCGUUGCGGUCACCGGACAAGCGCGUGAGAGACAUUAUCAGAGGGUUGGUUCUUCCUUCAGGUAAAGAAAACCAACUGCACAUUUUAUAUAUUACAUUAUAUGUGAUUGUGUACAAUUUGCUGAUGCCCCCAUGAUGGUGUCCAUGUAUGGAGUAUUUGGUAUUUGGCUUUCUCAAGACGGCAUGAAAUGAAAUGUAUAAUUCACAGAGUUACCUCUGUUUUUGCAACUGUCGUGACAAAAUCACUCUGUCGUGUCAUCUUCUCACCGAUAAUUUAGAUUUUUUUUUCUUUAAAAAAAAUCCUGGAUUGAAGUUAUUUUAACCUGUUGAUCAGCUCACACAUGUCAAUGCCAAGAUUCUCAGUGGACUCAACAUCAUCAUAUCGACACAUGCUACUGGUUUAGCAGUUAUUCACUGAGGGCAAUAAAGUGAAAGUAGCAGCAAACGAUCAAUCCUAAUAACCCACUGCUGGCAUUUACCAAAUUAGGAAUUAACUUGUUUUAGUUGAUCUAAAAAGCCAAAUGCAGAUCAUCAGGUCUCGUUUUUUUUAUUUUUUGUCAUGUAUUUGUUUACGUGCCCUGAUUUUUGUUUUGUUUAGAUUAAUUUAAUACUUUUUGGAUGAAGAAAUUGAUGAAACAUUUGUCAAAAUGCAAAUAAGGUAGGUCAAGGGCUCAUCAUUUCUUGCUCAUCUUUCUACCUUUUCAGUUUGCUGAUCAAGUGACAUAUGCGGAAAUAAUUAUAUCUUUGUAUGUGUCAUUAUCAGGGUUUCUAGAUAACACGAAACAAACAUGUCCAAAAAUAUAACAAUAUGACGUAUAUUUAUUGAAAAAACACAGCUCCGAACUGUUAUCGUUCUGUCAGUUUGAUGUGUGGUAUCACAUGGAGUUAAGUUCAAUUAAGAGGUUCAAUCAAGAGGGGCAAUAACUUGUUUUCUUAUUACAGAAAGAAUAUAAAUAUAUAUAUAUAUAUAUAUGUGUGUGUGUAUAUAUAUAUAUAUAUAUAUAUAUUUGUGUAUAUGUAAAAGAUCUUUACGUACAUUCUCAUUUUUACAUAGGAAAUAUUUCACUAAUAUGCCACAAGGAUACUUGUUUUUUUGUUUGUUUUUUUACAGUAUCUGUAACUAUGUUAUGUACAGAUGAGGUAUAGAUAUGAAAAAGUUGUAUGAAAAUAAGUAUCACACUUGGAUCACCUGAACAUUUUUUUGAGCCAUUAGUUGUUAUGGGGAGAUUUUAAUAACAUUCUUCUUUUAUUGUCUGAAUGUUAUGGACAGCCUUUUCUUUUCACAUCAUCGUUAAAUAAAGUGAGACUGAAAAUAAU